GUGCUCAGCAAAACGGAAUGGAAGAAGUUCCCUCUGAGGGAGAAGAUUGUCAUUUCCCAUAACACCGCUGUGUACCGCUUUGCGCUCCCCACUGCGGAGUCUGUCUUGGGCCUUCCCACUGGUCAGCACAUCUCCGUCUGCGCAGACGUGAACGGAAAGGAAAUCACCCGCAGCUACACCCCCACCAGCAACGAUGACGAAAAGGGCCACUUCGAUCUCCUCAUCAAAUCGUACCCCAACGGCAACCUCUCCAAACUUUUCAGCGAACUGAAGCUCGGCGACGAGUUGAAGGUCAAGGGGCCCAAGGGACAGUUCCAGUACACGCCCAACUGCGUUAAGGAAAUUGGCAUGAUCGCCGGCGGAACAGGAAUCACACCCAUGCUCCAGAUCAUCAAAGCGGUCCUCAAAAACCCGGACGACAAGACCAAACUCAGCUUGAUCUUCGCUAACGUGAAGGUGGACGAUAUCCUCCUUCGCGACGAGCUAGAGGGGUUGGCGGAGAAGAACCCGGAGCGGUUGCGGAUUUACCAUGUUUUGAACGAGCCCCCAGUAGCAUGGACCCAAGGCGUCGGCUUCGUCACAAAAGACAUGAUCAAAACCCACCUUCCCGCGCCCGCAAAGGAUAUCAAGAUCCUGCUCUGCGGCCCGCCGCCGAUGGUCAAGGUGAUGAGCACCUAUGCGGAGGAGCUCGGGUAUGAUAAGCCCAAUGCCAUCUCGAGGAUGCCGGAUAUGGUGUUCAAGUUCUAG